AUAACGUGUGGCAGAGAGCUAAUAGUUUUCAUUUGCGAUUGUAGCAGACCCGAAAAGAUGCUGUUGUGUGUGUUGAGUGUCAGCUUGAUGAUAAUGGUUCAUGAGACGUACAGUAGUUCACUCCAAUUGUAUGUCUCAAGCUCAUCUAAGAGAAAAGCUUUUAUAGAAAAGGGAAUCUAUUUGCCUGGUAGCUCCGACUUCUUGAUAAUUCCCCACGGCCAAUGUAGCGGCUUUAUUGAUAAAAGUCUUCUCUGCCCCUACCAAAACGCAGGCAGCGUUGAAGUCAUUGUUAAGGACCAUACCCCUUUUCCUAAUAUCAACAUCGAAAACGGUCUUCACAACGCGACCGUCCUCCGAGCUCGCAACGAACUUGGACGCUGUGAUCAGGAAGCGGAGGUUCAGAUUUUGACAUCCUGUGUCGUCUUUAAUGAACAUAAACGAAGAAGACGUUCCAUAAGAUUCUUACCCCCGGCUCCUACUAUGGAUCAUAACCAGUAGCGGUGGGUUUUCUUCAAGCACAACAAGAGAAUAAUUAUGGAAAAUAAUAAAUGUUAAAUUUUAAACCUCAUUCUCUUCGAAAGAAUAGUGUUGGAAAGCAAAUAUAUAUAACAAUAAAAAACAAUAUGUAAUUGAAAAAAGUAAA